GACUGUAACUCUUCUCACUCUGUUGACUUUGCCCAGAUCGUCUCCCCCUUGAUACAGCUUGUGUGAGCUUGGGACUGAUACCCAUUUCAUUCCCUGCUUUGACUCCUGAUUGUUAAUGGACUUGCGCAACAACCGGAGGAAUUUGAAGUCCUUGACCCGAUCCAAAACCAAGCCGGUGACAUAUCAGCGCUCAGAGUCAUCGAGAUGCUUCUAAGAGCGUGUUUCCACAAGAGCACAUAUUACUAUGCGGGUGGACCUUUCUAGCCCGAUGCAUUUUUCUUAACUCUUGCGUCUACUUUCCCGCUCUUGUGCAAUCUUCACAUUCAACUUCGUCGCACAAGAUGUCUUUCUCUUCAUCAGAUUCGAGUGCCAAGCACCGUCUCUUCCUUUUAGACGCUCUUUCUUAUCCGCCACUUUCACUUGGACAGAAUUCACUUGAACAGAACGCGCCGGCCGCAGCUCCUCUUUCGCAGCUGGAAGACUAUCGCGAGACUUGCUCCUUGCCAGAUACUCCGCGGCCUCUAGCAGAAUGGCAUCGUCCCCGGGCCAAGUCGUACGGCGAAGCACUGGCACCAGAAACACUGGAAUUGAUCCAAGACUUCGAAUCACGUAUUGCAGUGCUGGAGUCGCGCCACACGAGCAUAUCGAUGGAGCUCGAGGAGUCGCGCGAUGCUCUCGAGAAAGAGCGCUCGUUCCGCCAUUCGAGCGACCGCUUCUCCACGCUGUUACAUACCCGUUUUUCCGUGGACGGCACGGAAAGCGACCAAAGCGAUGCUGACUACGAACGCGGUCUCCGCGAGGAGCUGCAAGAGACCGUCAAAAAAUUCGGGCGCAGUAUGCUGUCGUGUCUCGUGCAUUGCGUGACAAGGAAGACGAAUGUUCCGCGAUGAGCAAAGAGCUCGAAGCCGAGCGAGCAGCUCGCCAGGAUCUCGAGCAGGAGACGGCGCGUCUAUCUCUCCAGAACGAGACGCUCUUCGAACACAAUGUCCUGCUCGCAGGGCGCGAUGCCGCCCUCCAGGAGAGCAUUUCUUCGCUUGUGGAAAGGUCUCACGUGGAACAGUGGAUGCGGUGUGUUUUGCAGGCAGAGCUGCAGGGCCGUGCAGAGAAGGAUGGGACAUCUGCGCGAAAUCCAGAGCCCGACUGGGAUGUACCACAAAGCGAAUGGAAGGACGAGCGGGACCUCCAGGACGAGCUUGUGUCGACUCGUGAUGAGCUCGAGUUUGCCAAGAAUCGGCUCUCGAUAACGGAACUCCAAGUCUCCGCACUGCAACACCAGCUCUCCCAGUCCAUUGACUUUUCGACGCAGGCUUUGCACGCAGAAAGAGACCUUCGCGCUGAUCUGGAGAGCCGUGCACAAGCCAUCACAGCGGAGAACUUGGAACUGAAACGACGACUGGGGAAUCUCCUUGACGCCUUUCCUGAUGGGCAUGCCCCCAGUGCUUGGAUCAAGCGGUCACAUGCUACCUCACACCAGACGGGUGGGUUGCUUGAUCGCCCUGCACUCGAGAUGUCCUCCUCUUCAUCAGAAUCGAUGUCGAGCGAGGGGGACUUGCCGCCCCAGUCAACGGAUAUCCUGAGGGCGACUUUGUCGAAACACAGCAAACAUCUUUCUUGGUCGGUGCUCAAGCUGAAAGCCAACUCCAGCAUCUUUAUUGACCGCUCGACUGACCUGGUCAGUUGAUGGCUGUCGAAACAAAUAUUUUACAUUACAUGCAUGUACUCUGUCACUACACUCACAUUACUUACAAUUUAUCUUGCAAUUUCGAGUUCUUCGAGUCCCACUUCUUCCAAUCAAAAGCAGCAGAAGUCCCACGCGACAGAGCCCGACCCGACACGCCGACACGCGCUUUUCUGUUGCGGGCCGCGUCUUUAGACAGCCUGUCCAUACCGUCAGGCAAAGGAGGCGGAUUGAAACUGGAGAUGGGUCGGAGGUCAGUCGUUCCGGUGGAUCCUUCACUCUUUCGUCUAAAAGGAUUUCGAGCCAAUGGAGCGGACGUCACGGCCUGAUUUGUAGGCUCGGCUGCUGCCGAAUCUGAUAUUUUGCGUCGUUUCUCUGCCAGCGCUUGACUGUACCGAGCCAUGGCCGCUUUCUUUUCCUUGGAAAGCACGAGCACAGCCUCAGCGACUGGACGAGUUGCUGGGGACUGUUCUGGCCUCUCAGGAAGACGCCAGGGUGGCAGAGUUUUAUAGAGCAUCAGCUGCGCGCUUUCAGCCGAAGGCAACAGCGAGGACUCUGCUGGAUACACAUAUUUCCGGGGCAAAGUCUUGGGAGCGGGAAGUCUGUUGGAAAGGUAGAAAGACUUGGCUCGCUCUUGCAAGGCAUGGGCAAACAGCUCUUCCUCGGCCAAGUCACCCGGCCCAUAGUCGUCUGGGAUGUCCUCCAGUCCAUAGUCGUCGUCUGGGAUGUCUUCCAGUCCAUGACGGCCUAGGAUGUUCUCCGGUUCGUCGGGAUCAGACGACACUCGCCUUCUUCUUCGUCUUUUAGCCGUCAGCUGGGGCUCUUUCGGAGCCGAGCUCAGCACAAAAUUCGUCUUGCCUUGGGGAAAAGUAACACAUGUGUUUUCGGUGACAUACGACGCAGCAGGAGAUACCACACGUCGAGCGGGAUGGUAAAGAGUGUUGAUGUGUAAUGAGAAGACGUUCACGGAUGAGAAGACAUCAUCAGCCAGUGUACAUAGAACCCGGACGGAUUCCACCAGCGGAGUGGGAUGAUAGAGGGAAUGCUUCUCGAAUGUCGCAGGCUUGAAUGCGAGAGAAAAAAAGUGAUCUGAAUGGCAUUUCGUGUCACGCAAGUCUGCAACAAAAUCAGAUAGUUUGGAAUUCAAGAAAGACUUGUCUACCUAGAACACAGAGCAAUGCGAAGGGCAAGAGGUAGUCCUUGAUUUUAUCGUCGAUCCCUCGGCAGUGUCGAAGCCUUAGAAUGCGAAGGCUCCAGGGACCUUUCGGAACCACCGUCUCUCCAGCGUCCGAAAUCACACUGAUUCCUACAGUCUCAGAAAGGACUUUGAUCCCAAACGACGACAGCGCGGUUGAACUAACGUCAAGGGCACAGAGGUUAUGCAAACAUUUCAGAUUCACAACUGUCGUGUCUGAUAGCUCUGAGCAGCCGGGAAGCUCGAGCAGUGUAACCAUCGCAAAGUUUGGGGUGGGUUGUAUGCAUUGAAGCAAGGGGAUGUGUUCAUCUGACAAUGGAAUGUCGUAUGUCUGGAAUAUGGGUGGCAACUGGUCGUACAAUUGAACAAUCGUAGCCCAAAGGCGAGGGUCGACAAGGCCCCAAGAGAAGUCCGGCUGGAAAAGAGAGGGGAUGAGGGCGCGGAGGAGAUCAUAGCCCGCACUGGAUCGCGGGGGUCGGUAGUUCAAACGGACUUUGUUGAUGCUAAUCUGGUCGACGCCAUAUCGGGCAAUUUGUCCGACGCAGAACCAGCUGAGACUGGGGGUAUAGGGAAGAUUUACCGCUGGACGCUGUGCUGUGUACGGGCCCGGGAUAUACGGGGGAGGGUGUACGAACGCCUGCACGGAAGGAUCAUGGGUGUGCACAGCCCGUGCAGGUACCAGAAGAACCAUGGAUGGAUCCAAGCCGUGGAGAUCUAAGGGAAAGAUGCACUGCUUAAUACCGCUUACCGCCUCCGCGGGCCGCAGGAUGGUCACCGCUAUAACGCGAAGAGAGAAGAGCCCUGCGGAUGAGGCUGAGCGCGUAGUUUGGUCGUGCUUGAGAUCAGUGAUUGCCUCUCCAACGAUUUGUCACGUAUCCCGUUUCCAAGUUCUCUAUCCUGCUUCGUCCUGGCGCCGACAACUCACCUCUUUAACGCUUCUUCUGAUUGACCACAAUCCUUUCUUUCGUCUAACCCCUCCAUGUCCCACCCUGGCUACGGCCUCCAGGACCCGCGCGGCCACAACCCCUUCACGGAUCCUCGACAGCAACCUGGCAUCCAAUAUGGGCAACGAUCUCAGUACGAGGCAGAGUCCGACGAGCAGUAUGGUUCUGCCAAUGCAAGCACCACCCGUUUGACGGGGGGAGCUGCUUGGGACGCUGAGGCUAACCGUCGUUACAACCCAUCUGUGGACUCCCAUUCCAGCAUGCCCAGUAUAUCCCCCUUCGCGGACCCGGGCAACACAGCAGAGCCGUACCCCGCGUGGUCUGCGGACCGUCAAAUUCCUAUGUCGACUGAGGAAAUUGAAGACAUCUUUCUCGACCUCACUCAGAAAUUUGGGUUCCAACGGGAUUCUAUGCGUAACAUGUUCGACUUUCUGAUGCAGCUGCUGGAUUCCCGAGCGUCCCGUAUGACCCCGAAUCAAGCGCUCCUCACUCUGCACGCUGAUUACAUUGGUGGUCAACAUGCCAACUACAGAAAGUGGUACUUUGCUGCCCAGCUGAAUCUGGACGACGCUGUCGGACAUGCACAAAACCCAGGGCUCCAGCGUCUCAAGUCAGUCAAAGGGGGCAAGAAGUCGUUGGACAGCGCGCUCAACCGGUGGAGGAACGCUAUGAACAAUAUGAGUCAAUACGAUCGCUUGCGACAGAUUGCUCUCUUCCUCCUUUGCUGGGCGGAGGCCGGCAACGUUCGUUUCACGCCGGAAUGUCUUUGCUUCAUCUUCAAAUGCGCCGACGACUACUAUCGCAGCCCUGAAUGCCAGAACCGCAUGGAUCCGGUCCCGGAAGGUCUCUAUCUGAACACAAUCAUCAAGCCGCUCUAUCGCUUCAUGCGUGACCAGGGAUACGAGGUUGUGGACGGAAAGUUUGUGCGAAAGGAGAAGGAUCACAAAGACAUCAUCGGCUAUGACGACAUCAACCAGCUGUUUUGGUAUCCCGAAGGCUUGGCGAGAAUCAUCCUCAGUGACAACUCGAGGCUGGUGGAUCUCCCCCCCACUCAGCGUUGGAUGCGUCUCAGCAAAGUUGACUGGAACAGAGUUUUCUUCAAAACCUUCUUCGAGAAACGCUCCCGAUGGCAUCUGUUGACCAACUUCAACCGGGUCUGGAUCCUUCACGUCUCGUUCUACUACUUCUACACGGCUUUUAACUCUCCGCGGGUGUACGCUCCCCGAGGCCAGACCAAUCCCUCACCCGAGAUGACUUGGUCUGCGACGGCGCUCGGUGGUGCUGUGUCGACGCUGAUCAUGAUUUUUGCAACCCUGGCUGAAUACUCCUAUAUGCCGACCACAUGGAACAAUGCGUCGCACUUGAUGACCCGCCUGUUAUUCCUCGUCGUCAUCCUAGCUAUCACUGCUGGCCCGACGGUGUACAUUGCGAUGAUCGACGGCACUCAAAAGAACCAGAUUCCACUGAUCAUUGCUAUCGUCCAAUUCUUUGUCUCGGUGGUCGUCACACUGGUGUUUGGACUCGUCCCAUCUGGACGGAUGUUUGGUGAUCGGGUUGCGGGCAAAUCACGCAAGUACAUGGCCUCGCAAACGUUCACUGCAUCAUAUCCUGCGCUGUCAAGCAGCGCCCGUAGCGCGUCCAUCAUGCUAUGGGUACUCGUCUUUGGCUGCAAGUUCGUCGAAUCGUACUUUUUCUUGACGAGCUCCUUCAGUAGCCCGAUCGCUGUCAUGGCUCGCACGAAGGUGCAGGGUUGCAACGACAAAUACUUCGGCAGUGCUCUGUGCUCGAACCAGGUCCUGUUCGCGUUGGCGAUCAUGUAUGUGAUGGAUCUCUGCCUCUUUUUCCUGGACACAUAUCUGUGGUACAUCAUCUGGUCCGUCGUCUUCAGUAUCGCGCGCGCAUUCUCCCUCGGCUUGUCCAUCUGGACGCCUUGGACAGAGGUCUUUACAAGGAUGCCCAAACGCAUCUACGCCAAACUUCUUGCCACGGGUGAGAUGGAAGUCAAGUACAAGCCCAAGGUCCUUGUCUCCCAAAUCUGGAACGCCAUCAUCAUUUCCAUGUACCGUGAACAUCUACUUUCCAUCGAUCACGUGCAACGACUGCUGUACCACCAAGUGGAUGGACCGGACGGUCGCAGGACCCUGCGUGCGCCGUUGUUCUUCACAAACCAGAAUUCCAAGGCACCGUUCUUCCCGCAAGGGGGAGAGGCUGAGCGCCGAAUUUCGUUCUUCGCCUCAUCCCUCACGACGACAUUACCCGAGCCUCUGCCGGUUGACGCAAUGCCGACCUUCACCGUGCUCGUGCCCCACUACUCGGAAAAGAUUCUUCUCAGUCUUCGCGAGAUUAUCCGUGAGGAGGACCAGAGCACACGUGUCACUCUGCUCGAGUACUUGAAGCAGUUGCAUCCCAUCGAGUGGGACAACUUCGUCAAGGACACUAAGAUCUUGGCCGAGGAAACCGAGGGCAACGAGAAGAAAGUGGAUGACCUGCCAUUCUACUGCAUCGGUUUCAAGACUUCGUCGCCCGAGUACACGUUGCGGACGCGAAUCUGGGCGUCUCUGCGUGCGCAGACCCUGUACCGAACCGUUUCUGGGAUGAUGAACUACUCCAAGGCCAUCAAACUGUUGUAUCGUGUCGAAAACCCGGAUGUCGUGCACAACUUUGGCGGCAACACGGAGCGGCUGGAGCGUGAACUCGAACGCAUGGCACGCCGCAAGUUCAAAUUUGUGGUGUCGAUGCAGCGCUUCUCCAAGUUCAACAAAGAGGAGCAGGAGAACGCCGAGUUCUUGCUGCGCGCAUACCCCGACUUGCAGAUUGCCUAUCUUGACGAAGAACCAACUAAAGGUGGCGAGGCUCGCCUAUUCUCUGCCUUGAUCGACGGACAUUCCGAAGUGGACGAAAAGACCGGCAAGCGUCGUCCCAAGUUCCGCGUCGAGCUGCCAGGCAAUCCCAUUCUUGGCGACGGAAAGUCGGAUAACCAGAACCACGCGAUCGUGUUCUACCGAGGCGAGUAUCUGCAGCUCAUCGAUGCCAACCAGGACAACUAUCUGGAGGAAUGUCUGAAGAUCCGUAACGUUCUGGGCGAGUUCGAGGAUUUCAACGUGUCGAGCCAGAGUCCGUAUGCUCAGUGGGGCCACAAGGAAUUCUCCAAGGCGCCCGUUGCCAUCUUGGGUACCCGCGAGUACAUCUUCUCGGAGAACAUCGGUGUGCUUGGUGACAUUGCGGCCGGGAAAGAACAGACAUUCGGUACCAUGACGGCGCGUGCGUUGUCCUGGAUUGGAGGCAAGCUGCAUUACGGUCAUCCGGAUUUCUUGAACGCCAUUUUCAUGAACACUCGCGGUGGUGUCUCCAAGGCGCAGAAGGGACUGCAUCUGAACGAGGAUAUCUUUGCGGGAAUGAACGCCUUCGGUCGCGGUGGUCGGAUCAAGCAUUCCGAGUACUACCAGUGUGGCAAGGGCCGUGAUCUUGGCUUCGGCACGAUUUUGAACUUCCAGACCAAGAUCGGCACGGGUAUGGGAGAGCAGAUGCUCAGUCGCGAGUACUACUACCUGGGAACCCAACUCCCCAUCGACCGGUUCCUCACUUUCUAUUACGGACAUCCUGGUUUCCACAUCAACAACAUCUUGGUCAUCUAUUCGAUCCAAAUUUUCAUGUUGACAUUGGUCUACAUUGGAACUCUGAAUAAGCAGCUUGCGAUCUGCAAGAUUGAUACGUCUGGCAACGUGCUCGGCGGCCAACCUGGAUGCUACAACCUCAUCCCAGUCUUCGACUGGAUUCGUCGCUGCAUCGUUUCCAUCUUCCUGGUGUUCAUCGUUGCUUUCUUGCCCCUUUUCUUGCAAGAACUGCUCGAACGUGGGACCGGCAAAGCUCUGCUGCGUUUGGGGAAGCACUUUUUGUCGCUGUCUCCCGUCUUCGAGGUGUUCUCGACGCAGAUCUAUUCGCAGGCCAUUCUGAGUAACUUGACGUUUGGUGGUGCGCGGUACAUCGCCACGGGACGUGGUUUCGCUACUAGCCGGAUGUCGUUUGCCAUCUUGUACUCGCGGUUCGCCGGGCCCAGUAUCUACAUGGGCAUGCGUAAUCUCCUGCUGCUGCUCUAUGCGACCAUGGCCAUCUGGAUCCCGCACUUGAUCUACUUCUGGCUCUCCGUCCUCUCGCUCUGUGUUGCGCCUUCCUCUUCAACCCGCAUCAAUUCUCGUUUGCCGACUUUAUCAUCGACUACCGUGAAUUCCUGCGAUGGAUGUCCCGCGGCAACUCGCGGACCAAAGCCAGCAGUUGGUUACAAGAAGAAGAAGCUCGGCCAUCCCUCAGAGAAACUGUCUGGCGAUGUUCCGCGAGCCCCAUGGAACUCAGUGUUUUUGUCCGAGAUCGUCUUCCCGAUCUUCAUGGCCACCAUCUUUGUCGUUGCCUACAUGUUCGUCAAGUCUUUCCCUGAUCCCCGGACUGGCCAGAACCCGAGCGCGCUCAUUCGGAUCGCCAUCAUCGCUGUCGGACCGAUGGCCUGGAACGCCUGCAUUCUGCUGGCCCUCUUCUUCAUCUCGCUGUUCCUGGGCCCGAUGCUCGAGUCGUGGCCCAAAUUCGGUGCUUGGAUGGCCUCAAUAGCACACAUUUUGGGUCUGGUUGGAAUGGUUGUCUUCUUUGAGUUCUUCUGGUUCCUUGAACUCUGGGAUGCCUCUCAUGCUGUGCUCGGUCUGAUCUGCAUCGUUGCUGUCCAGCGAGCCAUCCAGAAGAUCCUGAUUGCUGUCUUCCUGACACGAGAACUCAAGUCGGAUGAAACCAAUCUGGCGUGGUGGACCGGAAAGUGGUACGGCCGUGGGUUGGGCAGCUCAAUCGCCCUGUCGCAGCCGGCCCGUGAAUAUAUCGUCAAGAUCGUCGAAACGGGACUGUGGACCUCGGAUUUCCUGCUCGGCCACAUUCUGCUGAUCAUUAUGACACCCCCCAUCCUCUUGCCGGGUGCCAACAGGCUCCACUCGACCAUGCUGUUCUGGCUGCGCCCCUCUAAGCAGAUCCGCGCGCCGUUGUUCUCGAUGAAGCAGAAGAGGCAGCGAAGAUGGAUCGUCAUCAAAUAUUCGAUUGUCUACGUGCUCGUCGUUGCUUUGCUCGCUGCGCUCAUUGUUUUACCGGCGUUGUUCCGGAAUUCGAUCACGUUCCACUGCACGCUGUGCUCUCAAAUCUAACGAACUUACCUGCAUCUGGGGCUGCACUCAUAUACCUGACUGUGAUGCGUACACACCACUAUUUUGAGCCUGUAUUAUCAUAUUUUACAAAUUAGAGAGGAUUAUUG